AUGGCUGACAAGACUUUCAAAAUCGCUGUUCUCCCCGGUGACGGUAUCGGUCCCGAGGUCGUGGCCGAAGCCGUCCGAGUUCUCGAGACCAUCACCGCCAACUCCGACCUCAAGAUCGAGCUCAAGAACUACGACUUCGGUGGUGCCGGUAUCGAUGCGCAGGGCGUCCCCCUUCCGGAUGACACUCUUGCGGCCUGUAAGGAGGCUGACGCUGUCUUGAUGGGCUCUGUUGGUGGACCCAAGUGGGGUGUUGGACCCGUCCGACCCGAGCAGGGUAUCUUGAAGCUCCGAAAGGAGCUCGGCCUUUACGCCAACAUUCGUCCCGCCAACUUUGCCUCUGAGAACCUCCUCAAGCGAUCUCCCCUCAAGGAGGAGACUGCCAAGGGUACCGACAUUAUCGUUAUCCGAGAGCUUAUCGGUGGUAUCUACUUUGGUGAGCGACAAGAGACCAACAAGGAGGGCGUCGCUUGGGACCAGUGUAUCUACUCCAAGUCUGAAAUCGAGCGUAUCACCCGUGUCGCUGCCCAGGUCGCUCUCGCUGCCGAGCCCCCUCUCCCCAUCACCUCUGUCGACAAGGCCAACGUCCUCGCUACCUCCCGACUCUGGCGAAAGACUGUCACUGAGCUCAUGGCCAAGGAGUACCCCCAACUCAAGCUUGAGCACCAGCUUGUGGACUCUGCUGCCAUGAUCAUGAUUGCCAACCCCCGAAAGCUCAACGGUGUCCUCUUGACCGAGAACAUGUUUGGUGAUAUCCUUUCCGACGAGUCUUCCGUCAUUCCCGGAUCCCUUGGUCUCCUCCCCUCUGCUUCCCUCGCUAGCGCCCCCGACCCCAAGUCUACCACCAUGGGUCUCUACGAACCCAUCCACGGUUCCGCCCCCGACAUUGCCGGCCAAGGCAUUGCCAACCCCAUCGGCACCAUCCUCUCCGCCGCCAUGCUCCUCCGCUACUCUCUCGGCCGUGGAAAGGAGGCUGCCCUCAUCGAGCAAGCCGUGCAAAAGGUCCUCGACAGCAGGGAGUCUGGCGGUUUCGACAUCCAGACCAAGGACCUCGGUGGUGAGACCAAGACGAGCGAGGUUGGAGACAAGGUUGUGGAGGUGUUGAAGGGCCUUUUGAGCGCCUAA